AUGGCUUUUGGAGCUGGGGACUUGACCAUGCCACAGCAAAAAGCAUAUGAGCCUCUGCAACGUUUCCAGCAGCACCAGAUACAGGAAACAUAUCAGACUCAGCGCCAACCCGUGCAGCAGCACCAACUGCAGGGCCAGCAGCACCUACCCCACAGCCAGCAACACCACCCUGCGCAGCAGCAUCAACUACAGAACCAGCAGUACCUACUCCAGAGCCAACAGCACCACCCGGACCAGCAGUACCAACCGCAAAUCCAGCACAUACACCAUCAACUCCAGAACCCACACCAGCAGCAGCAGCAGCAGCAGGACCAGCAGAUACACCAGCAGUACCAGCACCUACUCCAACAGCAUAACCGAAGGCAGCUUGGGGACAACCAGCAGCAGCAGCAGCAGCUACAGCUCCAAUUCCAGCACCAGGACCAGCCGCAGCCCCAGCAAUACCAGUCCCAGGUACAACAUCAUUUCCAACAUCAGCCACAAGACCAACUCCUGCGCCAGAACCACCAGCAGCACCAGUUUCAGCUCCAGGAAGAGGGGCUACAGAGGUGGAGUUUUCCAUAUCAGUUGGGUCCACCAAUUCCGGGGUCGGGGGUAUUUCCAAGAGUAGUUGACCUGCCAGAGGAGCAACUGCAGCAGCAACUGCAGCCUCGGGAUAUAAACAUAUAUUCGUCUCAACCACCGCUACACCAGUACCAGGAGGGACAUAGAACAGGACACAAAAAGACCGCAUCAUGGCCUCAAAGAAUAGGAACGCAGAGGCCUCCUCCACAGAGUGGAAAAAGGGAAAGGAGCAGAUAUACCCGCGUGGAGCACAGAGGGACUAGACGCAAUUCCAAUCGCACUAGCGAAUCUAGGGAGAUAGAACAGUCCCAACCGCCAGUGACAACAGGUCGACCUCAAUCUAACUUAGCGCAGGAAAGUUACAGCAAUGUUGACCAUCCUCUGGGGCCGAACCAAACUGAAGCUGUUGGAAAUUAUCCAAUCCAGGGAGUUGAAAAUCAAGUCGGGUACCUUGGCCAGGGAGCGAGCAGGACUACGACCAUAGGAACUCCUGCAUCCAGAAAAAGCCCUGGUCGGACGCCAAACCACACGGGGUCGCAGAGCGAUGGCAUUGAUGACCAUCAAACUGAGGAUUCUCGUGGUCCAAAUUGUCCUGUCGGGGUUAUGCAAACUGGUAGGUUGCAUCAAAUGUCCUCGCCUGAAAUGAACCCGCAACGGGCACAACUUGGUAAUGACCCACCUGCUCUGCAACCACAUUUGGCGACGACGGGACCCUUGGGAAGCAGUGGGGUUUCCCCGUCGUCAGUGCAAGAGGUUGAACGGAGGACGCCGUGGGAAUGGGAUGCAAUUCUUGCGAACCCUAAUAGUAUACCACACCAGAGAACAACUCACGCAAACUCGGAGAUGCGAGAUUCCAGAGGCAUGUCAGCAGAAGAACAUGACGCAUUAUCCAACCCGCCAGAUCCCGGGCAAAAGUCGUCCCGAUCUUCUUCAGGCCCCGUUUCGCCGACAAUAAUGGCACCCAUAACUAGUACUGGCGAGGACCCGCUGCUCAUGCUGCUGAGAGCGGCUGAAAUGAUUUUAGGCCCAUUGAUACCCAAAGGCAUGUCCUCAAAUGCAAAGGAAGCUGGUGGUGAGAAGCUAACUGCAAGUCAGAAAGUGCUCCCGCUCCCCGUUCACUUCAGUCUUCCUUAUGCGAUGAGGACGAGAGACCACUCAAACCCGAACGCAGUUCGUCAACUGACUCUGCCAGCUCUAACGAAUCCUCGCCGUAAUAUCAAAGCCUUGCGGUUACCACCUUUGGCACAGGCGUUUCGGAAUGUCAAUGAAUGCAGUGAAGGCUCCGAUGCUCCUCCUAACGAUAAGCUGCAGGUAGAGACCUUCGAUUCCCAAACCGUAAGACAAUCUAGUUUUAAAUGCAGGGGCCACCAAGACCGGUUCGUCAGCGCGGCAGAGCGUGCGCAGUCUGAUUUGUUGUCAUUAUCUAAUAUUUCCCAAUUAUUUAUUAUGAGAAAACAAGAACUUGAAGGGGGUAGCGGCCAAACCCCAUGUCGAGGUCCAGGACUUGAGGGAGUCAGAUAUCAAUAUGAGGCCCCGUUUAAUAUUUUCCAGGAAAUUCUCAAAAGGCCGGAGCUGGCUUUGCUCGUAACGAGGCAUCUGCGUGUACAGGAGCUUUUGAUUUUAUAUCGUACUUCCAAAGAUUUCCAUCAUGUGGUGAACACUCGCUUUACAACUGUUAUCCAGGCACAGGCGUGCGCACGUGCUCCGGAGGCCGCGAAAAUAUUUCCGCCCCGCUGCUAUGCAAAACUCUGCAUUCCAGACCCAGGUUUACGCCCUCAUCCUGUUGCAAAACGUGCCGCUUUAGGAGAAACUCGAAAAGUUCCAUCCUUCCGCUGGUUGCUCAUGGUAUGUUUUCGCGAAAUGGUCUGCCAUGAGAUUGUCACUAUCCUAGCGGAGGAUGGCGUCCCCGUGCCAGACCGCUGCACAUCAACCAUGAAAAAGAUAUGGCUCCUCAUGGAUAUUCCAGAUAACGCACGGCGAAUAGCACUAGUUCAAAACCACGAGAUAUUCACGGAUGUCGAUCUCUUUUUCGCCACCUUGUUUUUUGUCAAGCUCGACAUGCGCUUCACUGACCCAAUCACUGGUAGUGGGAAGGAUGGUAUGCGCCGCUUGCUACUCGCACAACCUAGCCUUUCCAUGCUAUGGCGGACACUGAAACGGACAGCACUGAUCAGCAAGCUAGACGUCAUGCGGUUAUUCGCCCGUUGGAAGUACCAGCUACGCCAGGAUCAGCGGGGGUUAAGUAUCUUCGGCGUUCCAGCCCAUGAGGUAGGCAUCGUACAAUACCAAUGCUGGGGCCGGACGGGGAAUCGAGUACCGCUGCAGAGACCGGAUGAGCUGCUGCUGAAGGAAUCGAUCCGGAGGGGGUUAGAUUUGCAACAGAGGUAUACGGAUAUGUUUCUGUGGGGGUAUAUUAAUCCUAGGACAAUGCAGGACUACCUGCCUGUGCUGCAUAAGCGGCAGAUGGAGAGGAUGGAAGGAUUGGAGGAGCUGCUUGUGCCUGUAGAGGAUAGGGGGAAGGUGGAGGUUGGGAAAGUUGUUUCGAAAAGGGUUAGGGGGUGAUUUUGAUGCUCUUAAUGCAUUCUUUUUUCUGGUGAUUUUUUCUUGUUCCUUUUUUAUUUGAAUCUCCUAUUCUUCUUGGUUUAUGCGAUUGUUGGCUGGUUAUACUUAAUUGGGUAUGCUUGAAUGGCAUACAAUCACAUGUUGGCUGUGGUACCUGCAUAUGGUAGUUAGUGGGUAGUAAUGAAUAAUAGUUAAUGGCCUGGAUUGCAAGAUAUGAUCUCCUUCGUAUGUCAUAUGUCAUUCCUUUGCCUUAAGACGGACGGGGCUGUGGCAUGUUUAUAGUUAUCAUAGAAUCGCGGUUGAAGGGCC